UCUCCUCUUUUUCUACAUUCGCUUUCGAUUCUUUUCCUUUGGUAAAGAAUCCGCUCUCUCCCUGGGCAAUUCCUCGUUCCUUCCACAUUUCCUAGUUUCUCAUUCACCUCUUCACAAUCGGCAGCAUCAUUUCGCCUCUCUCUUCCAUUUUCUUCAAUCUGCAUAAGAUUCUGAAUCAUCUCCAUUCCUUUGAUUCAAAAGCUUGCAGUAGCAGAUAUCUCGUAUUUGAAACCUGAAACUGAAAAUUUUUCAAAAUUUUUCAGGUUCUGGUUUCUGGGUGUUGAAGGUAUUGGUUUUGGUUGUUCGUUUUGAGAGAGCUUAGGUAUUUGGUUUCAUUUCUCUGGAGGGUUUCUGGGCAAUCCUCCCUUUUGUGUAAAUAUUUUUUUUUUCUUUUUUCUUGCUUUUCCAUCUCCUGAGUCGGGGUUAGUUUUUUUUUGGGUCUUGAGGUACAGGAAGUGCUCAAGUUGAAUUUUUUAUUACAUAUUCGGAGAGGAAAGAUUGUGUUGUCUCCAAAAAAUCUGUUUUUUUGCAGAAUGUGUGUUGGGGAUGUUGCUCUGAGCCCGGUUCCACAAGAAUCGGCUCCUGGGUAUUGCAACAAGCAACCUGGGAUUUGCCCUAGUAGUGAGUCCAUCUUGAUAUACCUCUCUGUCGGCGGUUCAAAGAUUCCAAUGAGUGUGUUGGAGUCAGACUCAAUAGCCUCAGUGAAGCUGAGGAUCCAGAUAUGUAAAGGGUUUGUAGUGAAAAAGCAGAAGCUUGUUUAUGGAGGCAGAGAGUUGGCUCGUAACGAUUCGCUUGUUAAGGACUAUGGUGUCAAGGGAGGCAACGUCUUGCAUCUGGUUCUCAAGCUCUCUGAUCUCUUGUUCAUCACUGUAAGGACCGCUUGUGGGAAAGAAUUCGAAUUUCAAGUUGAUAGAUAUAAAAAUAUUGCGUAUCUCAAGCGUAGAAUUGCGCAAAAGGGAAAGGGGUUUCUGGAUGCUGUUGAUCAGGAAAUCUUCUUCAAUGGUGAAAAGCUUGAAGAUCAAAGGCUUAUCGAUGAUAUUUGUAGGGAUAACAAUGCUGUGAUUCAUUUGUUGGUACAGAAAUCUGCCAAAGUGAGGGCUAAGCAUAUUGAGAAAGAUUUGGAACUCUCAGUUGUUGCGGAGAAUGAGUCCAAUGAGGGGAGAGAUGGUGAAGUAGGAUCGACUGAGGAGCUCCAUCUUGUGACUAAGGAGCCACCGGUUAGAGAUUUUUGGUUGGAGCCGGUUGUUGUUAAUCCUAAAGUCAAAUUGCCCACUUUCAUUUGGGACAUGAUUAAUUCUACAUUUGAUGGUCUUGAGAGAGGGAAUCAGCCCCUCAGAUCAUCCGAGGGAACAGGAGGAACUUAUUUUAUGCAGGACAAAAAGGGGCUUAAAAAUGUCUCUAUCUUUAAGCCUGUUGAUGAGGAGCCAAUGGCUGUGAAUAAUCCCCAAGGACUACCUGUUUCCAAAGAUGGUGAAGGAUUGAAGAGGGGGACUAGGGUUGGAGAAGGAGCUCUGAGAGAAGUUGUAGCAUACAUAUUGGAUCAUCCCAAGAGUGGGCGUCGCUUGUUAUCUGGGGAGAUGAUGGGGUUUGCUGGUGUACCCCCUACUUGCAUGGUUCAGUGCUUGCACAAAGGAUUUAACCAUCCAGAUGGAUAUAAAUGUGCAACGGAAAACGUUAAGGUUGGAUCUUUACAGAUGUUCAUGAAGAACUAUGGGAGUUGUGAAGACAUGGGGCCUGGGGCUUUUCCUGUUGAGGAGGUACACAAGAUCGGUGUGUUUGAUAUAAGAAUGGCAAAUGCAGAUAGACAUGCUGGUAAUAUCUUGAUUGGCAAAGGGGAAGAUGGUCAGACUACCCUUAUUCCAAUUGAUCAUGGCUACUGCCUGCCAGAAAAUUUUGAGGAUUGCACAUUCGACUGGCUUUACUGGCCACAAGCGCGACAGCCUUUCUCUCUAGACACUAUUGACUACAUAAACUCUCUGGAUGCAGAGAAAGAUAUUGCACUUUUGGAAUUCUAUGGAUGGGAUAUUCCCCUCAAGUGUGCCCGAACACUCCGGAUUUCCACCAUGCUUUUGAAAAAGGGGGCAAAGAGAGGUCUCACUCCCUUUGCUAUAGGAAAUAUCAUGUGUAGAGAAACCAUUAACAAGCAAUCUGUUAUUGAGGAGAUUGUUCAUGAAGCGGAAGAAUCCUUGCUUCCCGGGUUGAGUGAAGCUACAUUUCUUGAAACUGUUUCUCAAAUCAUGGAUACUCGGCUGGACAAGCUUGCGGUGGAGUAAAACUUACCUGGUGCAUAGCAUAGGUAAUUUACUUUGAAUGUAUUAAUUGCAUAGUCAGUCCAUUUUUGGAUGGACUGCAGGUCUGCGAAUUGGAAGAUGGGUUUAUCUUAUCUUCGCAUGAGCCUGAAGCUUUCCUUUUUCUUUUUCAAGUUUGUUACUUGAUAUUGUAUUUGGUAUGUUGAACAGAAGUAAGAUGAUAAAUAAAAUAUGUACUAAGAAUGAAAUAGAGUGCAGAGGCUCUGUGUGCUCUAGCUCGACUAGGAGCCAUGAACCCUGCAUCCAGGCGUGUCUUUAAUCCAAGAAAAAAAAAUUGUUUUU